AUGCGUUCUUUCUUCAAUAAGCCAACGUGGGCAGCUAAAGAAGGGAAUAGUCCGAAUGAGUUCUACCGACGGUCUCAACAAACCUACUCCGAUAUUGUUGCGGCCAAUCGAGAGGCGCAUAAAAAACCCAAGAACCCCCCUGAAGCAAAUGAAAGCAGCAGCAGCAGCAUCUCCAAUGAAGUGAGCAAUGGAUCUGAGUGCCUAGAUGUUUUUGAUGGACAGAACACGGCCCCAUUGACUGCUCCUAUUGUGUCACCCGACGAACAGGGCAAUUUGAAGGAAAAUCGUCCAAUCACAACUCGCCUUGAACAAAGUCCCAAUGCACCAGUGACACCGGAACUCACCAAAGGAUAUGAAUACCCUGGAAUAAUCCCUCCUGGCGGAUCGGGCUCCAGCUCAACGGACAUGCCGUCAGUGGACCACGCGGAUCAUUUCGCAACGGCCAACUCGCCAGCAAACCCCUCAGCUCACCCUCCAGCUUACCCCCCAAUCCGCCCAGAGGCCCAAGGACAAAGUGACGACAAAAAUCGCCCAGCUCUAUAUUCACCCUCCCAGCCCUUCCAGCCAGCCGACCACCUUGUGGAAGACCCAGUUGUCCAGGUUCUCAUCACUUCUGAAAUACCAACCACUAAACCACUGGUUGUCCACCGAAAAAUGUCCCAGAGCCUCGGAGAGGUGCGCUCGGAGUGGUGCAAACGCCAGGGAUUCACAACGGGGACCCAGUCGUCUGUUUAUCUAACGUGGAAAGGUCGACGGCUAUUCGAUGUGACAACAUGCAGAAGCUUGGGGAUCAAACCGAAAAAAGACACAUGGGCGCUUUUGCAUACGGACGAUGAUUUUGAUAGAGGCGGGAAAGAAUUGCAAAUCCAUAUAGUGGCUGUUACAGACAAUCCUCUCUUGUUAAACCAGCCUGGCUACUCUACAGAAGUGGAACCAUUACCUACAACCCCGCCGAUCCCCAGCAACCAACAGAAUGAAGAGAAUGAACCGAUGAAGUUGACACUCCGAAGCCCUGGACUAGGUGACUUGAGGAUCAAAGCAAGGCCCAAGACCCUGGUGUCCAAGCUUAUAUCCACAUUUCGAGACAAACAGAAUCUUUCGGCAGAUCAAGAAGUCUCUCUUAUAUUUGACGGAGAUCGCCUAGACCCCAGUACCUGUCUUGGUGAUCAUGAUAUUGCUGACCUUGACUUGGUGGACGUGCAGGUCAAGUCGUGUAUCUGA